GGAUCCGACGACGUUUACGUGGGCUUCAUUGGCAAGAGUCGCAAUGUCUCAAAGCACCUCUCAUUCGCAGAUCUCACCACGCCGUCUGGUGAGACCAUUCAGGUCUGCUCCAGCGCAGAGAGGGACAGUGAAGCACAUGAUGACUUUCGUAAAGUCCCAGCUUUCAGCCCCGUCCUCAUUCGUGUGAAGCAGCACGAGGCAGCAGCAGAUGUCGAGUCAGCAACCAGCAAUGGCUCAUCCAAGAAAACCGUCUAUCUUGAGAGCAUACGUGCCCUCAACAGCGUCCCAAAAAACCUCAUAGUCACGCCUGAAGUCCAAUUUCCACCGACAAAGAGGCAUCUCCAGAUCCGGUAUCACCCAGAAUUGCAAGCCAGGCUACAAUUCAGAUCAUGGCUCAAGGGCAUGCUUAACCAAAGCUUACUUCAGAAGGGCUUUACGGAUAUCGAGACACCGACUCUCUUCAAAUCUACCCCAGAAGGUGCCAGGGAAUUCUUGGUUCCAACACGGCAGAAAGGUACUGCUUAUGCUCUGAGUCAGAGCCCCCAGCAGUACAAGCAGGUCCUCAUGGCCAGUGGCAUCAUGCGGUAUAUGCAAUGGGCCCGCUGUUACCGCGAUGAAGAUUCUCGAGCCGAUCGACAGCCAGAGUUCUCACAGCUUGACAUGGAAUGGGCUUUCGCGGGAGCCGAAACGGUGCAGAAGGAUGUCAAUGAUAUCGUCUUGGCGGCAUUGACUGCUCUUCAACCUGCACGCAGCUAUAAGGAGAUUCGAGGAGAGUUCACCAACAUUACGUUUGCGGAUAGCAUUGCGGCAUAUGGCUCUGACAAACCUGAUUUACGCAUUCCCCUCAGGAUACAUGCCCUGCCGGACCUUGAGCCAUUCCGCAACUUUGUUGGCAUGAUCACUCAUCUCACCAACCCUCUAAUUGAGGCCUUCGCAUUGCCGCUGAACGACUGCUCUCCUUCAGAGGCACGGAAGUUUGUGACCAAGUUCAUGGACGAGCUCCCCCCCUCAUUGGCAAAUAACCCUGACGGCAAACCUCAAAUCCUCAUCCACGACUCAAGGCAGCCAUUAAGCGGAUUCUCUUCGCUGGGUUUCGAAUACGAGAGUGUGUUGGAUCUACUCACAGACAAGAAAGGCCUCCAAGAUGGAGAUCUUGUUGUCUUCCAGGCCAGGGACACGCCAGCUGGACAAUACUACUCCGGUUCAACAAGGAUCGGAGACGUACGCAACCUGCUGUGGAAGGCCCUUGUGGAAGAAGGCCUUGUGGAGACUCCGCGACUCGGUGAGCCAGGGUCACUUCAUUUUGUGUGGGUGACGGAGUUCCCCAUGUUCAAGCCGGUCGAAGAGGGCGAGCCAGGCCAGGAGGGCGCCGCGGGGAUUGCGGCUUCACACCACCCCUUUACUGCGCCCCUCUCCCAGAAAGACCUGGAACUACUCUUCACCGACCCUCUGGAAGCAAAGAGCGCUGCAUACGAUCUGGUUCUUAACGGGAUCGAGAUUGGCGGAGGCAGUGUGCGUAAUCACAUUGCCGACGUGCAAGACUUUAUCAUGCGAGACGUCUUGAAGAUGACGGAUAAGAGGAUCAAGGACUUUUCGCAUCUGUUUGAGGCUCUCCGCUCUGGAUGUCCCCCUCAUGCUGGGUUUGCGCUUGGAUUCGAUCGCCUUACGGCCCUGAUGACGGGCACGCCUACUGUCCGAGACGUUAUCGCCUUCCCCAAGACGAUGAAGGGAGAGGAUCCUUUUGUGCAGUCGCCUAGCAAGCUCAGCAAUGAGCAGCUGGCUCCAUACGGCCUACAACUUCGCCCAAAAGCUUCAUAG